UUGCGGGGCACCACGGUCACCGACAGUUGUAUAGCUCGACUACUAUCCCUCGCUUGACUAAUCUGUCUCCCACUUUCAGUCUCUUUGCCUCUGCGAUCAUGCGUACCAUUCUGUGGAACGCCAUUGUAAUGGCAAUAGCUCUUUUUCAGCCAAGCUACUCCAUGGCGACGAAGUCCCAACUCUCCAUGGGAUGGGGAGACCGGAUCACCAAGCUUCCUGGCCAACCAAACGUCACAUUUGAGCAGUUUUCAGGCUACAUCACUGUAGAUGAGAGGAAGCAGAGGUAUCUCUUCUACUACUUCGCUGAAGCAGAAUUGGAUCCAUUAUCGAUGCCUUUGGUUCUUUGGUUAAACGGAGGUCCCGGUUGUUCUUCAGUUGGGGUUGGUGCCUUCUCCGAGAACGGACCUUUCAGACCCAGCGGCCAAGCGUUGGUGAGAAAUGAGUAUAGCUGGAACAAAGAGGCGAACAUUUUGUAUCUGGAGACGCCAGCAGGAGUUGGGUUUUCUUACUCCUUGGACAGCUCAUUCUAUGAGAGAGUAGAUGAUAAGCUGACAGCUAGGGACAACCUUGUGUUUCUGCUUCGGUGGUUCUCCAAGUUUCCCCAGUAUAAAGAUAGAGAUCUGUACAUAGCUGGAGAAAGCUAUGCAGGUCAUUAUAUACCGCAGCUGGCCGAUCUUAUCGUUCAGUACAACAAGAAAAGGAAGACAUUUAACCUAAAAGGAAUAGCUCUUGGAAAUCCGGUGCUCGAGUUUGCCACCGAUUUCAAUUCUAGGGCGGAAUACUUCUGGUCUCAUGGCUUGAUAUCCGACUCCACAUAUAAUAUCUUCACCACAACCUGCAACUAUUCUCGUUAUGUGAGCGAGUAUUACAGGGGCUCUCUUAGUUCAGUCUGCUCUGAAGUUAUGAGCCGAGUGACCAACGAAACCAGCAGAUUUGUAGAUAAGUAUGAUGUUACACUUGAUGUCUGCAUCUCAUCGGUUCUUUCUCAAUCUAACGUUCUCAAUCCUCAGCAAGCUAAUGAAGCUGUGGAUGUUUGUGUGGAGGAUGAGACUCUGAAUUUUUUGAAUAGGAAAGAUGUACAGGAAGCGUUGCAUGCUCGGUUUCAUGGUGUGUCCAGGUGGACUGUUUGCAGCAGUGUGCUGGAGUAUGAUCUACUAAACUUGGAAAUACCAACCAUAACUCUUGUGGGUUCGCUCGUUGAGUCUGGAAUACCAGUACUUGUCUACAGUGGGGAUCAAGAUUCUGUGAUUCCCUUAACUGGUAGCAGAACCUUGCUGGAUAAAUUGGCACAUAAACUUGGACUGAAUACAACGGUGCCUUAUAGAGUUUGGUUUGAGGGGCAACAGGUAGGAGGCUGGACUCAAGUGUAUGGAAACAUCCUCUCUUUUGCGACUAUAAGAGGAGCUUCACAUGAGGCGCCAUUUUCGCAGCCAGAAAGGUCUCUGGGUCUCUUCAGAGCUUUUCUGCAGGGGAGGCCAUUGCCAGAAACAUUCUAAAGAUGGUUCUCUGUAAAAGCAAACCUUUGUUUCUCAGGUUCAGGAGAGUGUGUGGGUGUGUUCUUGUUCUGUGAAUGUUAGUGUAAGUUUUUUAGUCUGUAUUCAUUUGCUAAUGAUGAUGAAGGUUUUGUGUUAAGUUAAAAGAAAUUUCUGUGAAUAUUUUUGAGGUUUCAGACUAUUCCAGCUUUUUCUA